AUGAAGAUUUUUUCUGAAUCUCAUAAAACAGUGUUUGUGGUGGAUCAUUGUCCUUACAUGGCAGAAUCAUGCCGACAGCACGUUGAGUUUGAUAUGCUGGUGAAAAAUAGGACCCAAGGCAUCAUUCCUUUGGCUCCUAUAUCUAAAUCAUUGUGGACUUGUUCUGUAGAAUCCUCCAUGGAGUAUUGUAGAAUAAUGUACGAUAUAUUUCCUUUCAAAAAGCUGUUGAUGGCAGCAUUAGCUGCUGUUGGGCCUCCUAAUCCUCGGGCUGAUCCAGAAUGCUGCAGUAUUCUGCACGGACUAGUUGCAGCUGUGGAAACCCUCUGCAAAAUUACAGAAUACCAACAUGAGGCUCGUACUCUACUAAUGGAGAACGCGGAACGUGUUGGAAAUAGAGGACGGAUCAUUUGCAUUACUAAUGCAAAAAGUGAUAGCCAUGUGCGAAUGCUAGAGGACUGUGUGCAGGAAACAAUACAUGAGCAUAACAAGCUUGCUGCAAAUUCAGAUCAUCUUAUGCAGGUUCAGAGGUGUGAGUUGGUACUGAUCCAUACCUACCCUGUUGGUGAAGACAGCCUUGUGUCUGAUCGACCUAAAAAAGAGUUGUCCCCGGUCUUAAGCAGUGAAGUCCACAGUGUGCGUGCAGGACGGCAUCUUGCUACCAAAUUGAAUAUUUUAGUGCAACAACAUUUUGACUUGGCUUCAACUACUAUUACAAAUAUUCCUAUGAAGGAAGAACAACAUGCUAACACAUCUGCUAAUUAUGAUGUGGAGCUGCUUCAUCAUAAAGAUGCACAUGUAGAUUUCCUGAAAAGUGGAGACACCCACUUAGGUGGCAGCAGUAGAGAAGGCCCAUUUAAAGAGACAAUAACAUUAAAAUGGUGCACACCAAGGACAAAUAACAUUGAGUUACACUAUUGCACUGGAGCUUAUCGAAUUUCACCUGUAGAUGUAAAUAGUAGACCUUCUUCCUGCCUUACUAAUUUUCUUCUAAAUGGUCGUUCUGUUUUAUUAGAACAACCACGAAAGUCAGGUUCCAAAGUCAUCAGUCAUAUGCUAAGUAGCCACGGAGGAGAGAUUUUUCUGCACGUCCUCAGCAGUUCUCGGUCCAUUUUAGAAGAUCCUCCUUCAAUUAGUGAAGGGUGUGGAGGAAGAGUUACAGACUACCGGAUUACAGAUUUUGGUGAAUUUAUGAGGGAAAACAGAUUAACUCCUUUUCUAGACCCCAGAUAUAAAAUCGAUGGAUGUCUUGAGAUCCCUUUGGAACGAGCAAAAGAUCAAUUAGAAAAACAUACCCGUUACUGGCCUAUGAUUAUCUCACAAACCACCAUUUUCAACAUGCAAGCGGUAGUUCCAUUAGCCAGUGUUAUUGUGAAAGAAUCUUUGACAGAAGAGGAUGUGUUAAAUUGUCAAAAAACAAUAUACAACUUAGUUGAUAUGGAAAGGAAAAAUGACCCUCUUCCCAUUUCCACAGUUGGUACAAGAGGAAAAGGCCCUAAAAGAGAUGAACAAUACCGUAUCAUGUGGAAUGAAUUAGAAACUCUUGUUAGAGCCCAUAUUAACAAUUCAGAGAAACAUCAAAGAGUUUUGGAAUGUCUGAUGGCGUGUAGGAGCAAACCCCCAGAAGAAGAGGAAAGAAAGAAGCGAGGAAGAAAGAGGGAGGAUAAAGAGGACAAGUCUGAGAAAGCGGUGAAAGAUUAUGAACAAGAGAAACCUUGGCAAGAUUCAGAGAGAUUAAAAGGAAUUUUAGAACGUGGAAAAGAAGAGUUGGCUGAAGCUGAGAUCAUAAAAGAUUCACCAGAUUCCCCAGAACCACCAAACAAGAAACCUCUUAUUGAAAUAGAUGAGACUCCGCCAGUGGAAAAAUCAAAAGGGCCAGUGUCUUUGCUAUCUUUGUGGAGUAAUAGAAUUAAUACUGCCAAUUCCAGAAAACAUCAGGAGUUUGCUGGGCGUUUGAACUCUGUUAAUAACAGAGCUGAGUUAUAUCAACAUCUUAAGGAAGAAAAUGGGAUGGAGCCAACAGAAAAUGGGAAAGCCAGCCGACAAUAGAGACUUGAACUAAAUUAGUAUAUUGCAAAAAUAUUUUGUGCAGAAUUUGAUAUAAGUACUUUUACAAGAUUGUAUAGUUCUGUUGCUUGGACUGAUUUUUACAUUUUUAAAAAUUUCAGCUAACUUUAUCUUUUUUGUACUAAUUGUAAAAUUGGCACAUAUGUCAAAAAUAUAAAUUUUAGAUUUGUCCUUCCAAACUGCACAAAUUUAUUUUAUGGUAAAGGAUGUUCCCUCUGAAAAUUUUUUUUAAAAAACUCUUGGGCUUGUCUUUGCCAAAUAAAGCUGUUGAGAGAUCUGAAAU